CCGGUUGGGUGGAAGAUAACCUUAGAUCGACUGAGAGAAUUCCGGCUCCAAAACCCAGCACCUGUCGACACUAUGGGCUGUGAGCGCCUUGCUGAGACCGGAGAUGAAAUUCCUCCAGAGGUGAAACGCUUUCAGACGCUCAUGUCCUUGGUCCUGUCAUCGCAAACUAAGGAUACAGUCACCUCCGUUGCUGUUCGACGACUGCAGAAGGAACUUAAAGGAGGGUUGACUAUCCAGGGUGUACUGGAUGUGUCGGCCGAAGAGUUGAACAACAUUAUUGCUGCAGUUGGAUUCCAUAACAAAAAGACUACGUACAUGAAGCAGGUCGCGGAGAUUUGCAAGACCAAGUACAGUGGUGAUAUUCCAGAUACGGCUGAGGAGCUGAUUGCAUUGCCGGGCGUUGGACCCAAGAUGGCUUAUCUUACACUCCAGUGCGCUUGGAAUAAGAACCUCGGAAUUGGUGUGGAUACCCAUGUGCAUCGUAUUUCGAAUCGCCUUGGGUGGGUCAAUACAGAGAAAGAUGGGCCUGAGGCCACACGCGAGGCUUUGCAAUCGUGGCUUCCUAAGGAACACUGGCGUGAAAUCAACCAUAUUCUUGUCGGAUAUGGCCAGGUGCUUUGUUUGCCUCGCGGACCACUUUGUGGAGCGUGUCCUGUUCAGGAACGCUGUCCCUCCGCUAUGGUCACCAAGCAGAGGAAAAAAAUGCUAGCCAUCAUCAAAAGCGAGAUGGAGGAACCCUUUGGCGAAGUA